UACAACACUCCUCCCCCUGCCUUUCCUGCCUGGCCCUGUCGUGAGAUGGACCGGGAGCGCAGGCUGUGACACAACCUGUAUGCUUAUUAGUGAACGUGACCACUCAUUAACAGAUGAGGUGCCUCCCAGAUGCUACCCCAGAACUCAUGUUUACUUGCAUUGGUUUUAAAGCAUGAUGUGAGGAAAGGGCUCCAUCUGUUUUUCCCUCCUUCUGCUUUUUAAAUUGGAAACACAGCACAUUUCGAAGAACGUGUUUCCUGUGCCGUGCUGAAAAUCCUAGUGGAGAGUAUGCUUUGAAAAUGCGUGUGUUUGCCCAGUACUCUGACUUCGAGCCAGAGUUAGCCGUGUCCCCGAGAGGAGGGAGGCGAAGAUGGUUCUGCCAUCCUGAUUGACAGGCUCCUGUCUACCGGGCCGCUCCCAGACAACCUCAUGCAGCCUAGAAGAGGAGGGGUCCCCACACCAUGGCUUCCAGGCUUGGUGGGCCUCGCAGCCACCCAGGAACAUAGGACAACUCCCAGCCUGACUUCCUGGUGAAAAUAAAGAAAACCAAGUGUUGACAAAACGGAAGUACAAAGCUGCUUGAACUUCUGCAAUUUUGCCGACACAUAUUCAAAAUUUAAGUUACGGGGGUAACUCCUUUUUCUUUUCUCCUUCUCAGGAACCAAAUACCGAUUUAAGCAAAUGCUGCAGUGCUAACCAGUUGUCCUGACAGACACACGAUGGUGUCAAGUGUGAAGGGCCACAAUGUGUCAGCUUCCUGGAGGUGUCUUAGGCAUCAGAGCAGUGCAAGAAAAUCACUGAGGUGUGACACUGUUUCAAAGAAAAGGCACCAAACCUUCCUUUUCAGGAAAACUUUGUAAGAAGUGUAAAUAAAGUAAGGGGGCCACUCUAAGACAGAUGGUUUGCAUAGAUAGCAGCUCUGUGGAAAUGCGCACAGUUUUAGCCACCUUUUACAAGGUGGAAAGAGGCAGAGGCCUGGGCUAGCUGGGGAGAGCAGGCAGAAGAGGUUCAGGGGAGAGUGUGCCCUGAGUAGUGGGGGGACGAGAGGGUUCUGAGUUACGACCACAACCGACAAGGCCUUUAUCCCAAGGCUUUAUAACUCCCGUUGUUUUAACGAUGCUUUUCUGUUACUAGGAAAGGUGAAGUUCAGCGACAUGUUACCCAGGGUCUCCUGGCAUAUACUUGCCUCUCAUAUAAAGCCUGUGCUCAGAGUGUACACAGCGAGUCACUUAAUUUGAGUUUGUGGUGGCCUCCGGCUCUAGCCCAUCUCCCGGCUCAUCACCCCCACCCCCCCUGCCUCCCCUCCAGCAACCUGGCUCCCCUGCACACUAUGGAAAUCCUACAGAACAUUCUGUGGUUCCCAGGUGGUGUCAUGCUUCUGGGUCUCUAUUCACGCCACUCUCUCAUCCUGGAAUGCUCAUCCCAAUUUGUUCUUUUAAGAAACAACUGCUCCCCCUUUUACCUUGUUGCAUCCGAGAGAACAAGAUGGGUCACCAGCAGCUCUACUGGAGGCGUCCAAGAAAAUUCGGCCAGGGUUCUCGUUCUUGCCGCGUCUGCUCAAACCGGCACGGUCUGAUCCGGAAAUACGGCCUCAGUAUGUGUCGCCAGUGUUUCCAUCAGUACGCGAAGGAUGUAGGCUUCGUUAAGUUGGACUGAGUGAACUUCCAUGAAUGAAUCACGCAAGCUAUCUACUGCAGAAACAAUGUCAGCUCUUUGUACAUAAAAUAAAGACUUCAG